UUUCUCUUAUAGAACAUGCUUGGAAAUGGGACGAUAUGUCUGAUUCAUCCGAUCCGCUAGGUGGCAGCAUUGAGAAUGUGAACGUGGAACAAAAUCAGCAGAACCAGUCACUACUUCCCUUGCGCUGUGGAUUCAUGUGCGUUAUUGUUUAUCUUUGAAUGCAAAAGUGUUUAUUGCAAACGGGGAUUGCAAUUAUUUCCUGAUAUUACUGUACUGGCUUCUCAGUAAACCGACUCUGAACACCCAUGCCCGCCUCAGAUUGUUGCCUUCGUCUCUGCAGAUGAUGACCAGCUCUGUCUUUAAAGGAGAGGACAAGACAUCCCCCACAGGGUUCCAGCCUAGAGUUACAAGACCCUGAGACAGAACCAGUUUCUCUGCCCAGAUUGAGACUAGGGGUAAUGUUCCCCUGCUCAGACGUUGCAUUCAUCAACCAAUGGUUGCCUGCCACGCCAUCAACUGUGUCUUCGACUGACAGAUUGCUAUAACAUGAUUUGGUUAGUUGAAUCUUAAAAUACAUAUCCAGGCUAUGUGAGGUCAGGCGUCAGCAACUUCUGAGCAGAGGAACGCGCCUUACAUUAACUCAAAAUGGAGGGAGGAGAUUUACUGCAUAGCGUUAGCCUGAAUCAACUCAAAAUGGCUGCUGUUGUUUCUUUACCUAUCGUGAGACUCCACAGACUAACGAAGGAUCAACUGUCUCUCGCUGCUCAGAAGAACAAUAAGAAACCAGGCAGAAAACCAAUGAAGAAAAACUUCACCACCAGCAGAGGAAAAGGAUCCACAGGAAAAGGAAACAACUCUGCUGACAGCAAAAGUGUUUCUAGCCAGGAAUCACCGGCCCCUAAGUGGUGGGGUCGCCCCAAGGGAACCAAAAACAAACCCAAAAUAAGUCUACAACUCUCCAGCGCCAUCUUGAGGCCUGACGAGAUAAAACAAGAGGUGAAACAAGAGAUGGACGAGCUGCCUAUCGGUACAAGAAGUGAUGAACACUGGUUGAACUCUGUGAAGCCAGAGAGCUACGACCCAGAGAUGGGUAACACCAGGGGACCUACAGAGAGCGACCCCAGGACAGAUGCACAUCACCUGGGUAUCAAGACGGAGGAUGUCCCCCUGUACCACCAGGAUGAUGGGAGGCGGCUGCGGUCGUCUACCGUUCAGCCAUUCAAUCUGGCUGCGUUGCGGUCCGAGACGGAAUGGUGGCCUCGCAACCAGAAGGUCCGCCGGUUCCCGUGUCCAGAUUGCGGCCAGAAGUUCUUCUCCAAAACCACGCUGGAGUUACAUUCCCGGAUCCACACCCGGUACCAGCCGUACUCCUGUGAGGUGUGCCAUAAAACGUUCUCCCGGAAAGGCGGUCUGGUCGAGCACCGACCAAUCCAUACGGCGGAGCGCCCCUUCGCCUGCCUCCAAUGUGGCAGGACCUUCACGUUCAAAUCCAACCUGACCCGCCACAUGCGGUUCCACGGCGACGCGCGGCCCUACGUCUGCUCCCAGUGCGGCCAAGGCUUCAAGAUCUCCGCACAACUCAAGAGCCACAUGAUUUCCCACAGCGGGAAUAAACCGUACGUGUGCCCGGAGUGCGGCCAGUGUUUCGUCCGUUACAUGAGUCUGAAGUAUCAUCGGCUGAGCCACACCGGCGAGCGCCCGCUGUCCUGCCCAGAGUGUCCCAUGACCUUUGCUCGGCCGCACACCCUUAUGAUCCACCGGCGACAGCACACCGGGGAGACGCCGUUCUCUUGCCAGGACUGCGGGAAGAGGUUCAAACAGGGGUGCCAACUGAAAGACCACGUUAGAAGGAAACACACAGGGGAGAAACCGUACAAAUGCUCCGAGUGUGACAAGUGCUUCGUCACUUCCGCGUCCUGUAAAGUGCACAUGGUUGUCCACACAGGAGAGAAGCCGUACAAAUGCACAGAGUGCUGUAGGAGCUACAGUCAGAGUGGGGGCCUGAAGAGGCACAGGUGUGAGCAGCGAACCAGGUGAGAGGAACCUCGGGGUAUUCCCCAAAUGGCACCCUAUUCUCUAAGUAGUGCACUAGGGACCAUAGGGCUCUGGUCAAAAGUAGUGCAUUAUAUAGGGAAUAGGGCUCUGGUCAAAAGUAGUGCACUGUAUAGUGAAUAGGGUGCCAUUUGGGACAUAGACCCAGUGUUCUGAGUGUAGGAACUGGAGAGUGGAUCCUUAAAGCAGCACAGGUGUAAGCAGCCACAUAGGUGACAGAAGCCAGGUGAGAGGAUUCUCAGGUGUCCUGAGUUGGGAAACUGGCCUUUGUUUAUGCAGGAUUUAAAGAAGCAAUCUGGGAUCGGUACAUACAUUUUUAAAGCUUUGAUUCUUGAGGAAUAUAACUUAGAAAUGCCUCUUGAAUUUAGUUAAAUUGUUUUACCCCAUCAGAACUCUAAGUAUAUGAUCACCUCACCAGGCAAAACAAUAGGCUGUUCCUUUGACUGUUCCAUCAGUUAUUGAUCCCUCAAUAAAAUGAUCUGUUUUCACUGUGAUGCAGUCCCACUCGCACCUGAUGUGUGAUGUGAACGUUCAGGGCCGGUUUCCCAGACGCAGAUUAAGCCAAGUCCUGGAAUUAAAAGCAGGAGAAUCUCCAGUGAAAUAGGUUUUUAUCCUAGCGCUAGGCUUCAUCUGUGUCCGGGUAACCGGCCCUCGAUGUUGUAAAACAAACAUUCUUUGUAUUGAAACUUUGUAGAGAAAACAUCUACUAUUAAUGGCAUGGUUAGUAGAGACUGACAGCCUUUUGUUGGAUAGGAUUAUUAGGAUGUAUAGAACAGGUAUGUACCAUGAUGAUGGGUGGAACUGAGCAAAUGGAAUGGCUUGUAACACAUGGAAACCAUAUGUUUGAUGUAUCUGAUGCCAUUCCACCUAUUCCGCUCCAGUUACUUGACUUUUACUGGUUUCAGGUUCUGGAAUGUAGUAAUUUAUAGGACUCAUUGAGAUUGUCUCUGAUUUUCUCUGUCUUAUCGUUGUGGUCCCGUGUGGUGCACUUGCAUAUCAGUAUCUCAGAGAGCCAUACUGACACUCAUUUUUACUGUGUUUUGCAUUUGAUGUGAUUCAUGCUUUUCACUCUGUUCAUGCAGAUAAAUUAUGAUUUAAACUAAUGUGAAAUCAACCAAAUAUUUCACCCUGUCAUUUAAGUUAAAAGUUGUGUGGGGAAAAAAGGCAAUUCCCUUAAAUUGAUGACUUGGCAAAUCCAGCCAGUUUUCCAUGUUUAUUCAACGUCAUCACAUUGAAUAUUUUGGUUUAAAUGAUGUGGAAACAACGUCGAUUCAACCAUUUUUUUUGCCCAGUGGGACAGCAAGAUGUGAGCAUAGUUCUGCUGGGUAUGUCUGUAGGAGGAAAGAGUGCAUGUUUAGGGUGUAGAUAAUUCAGAUAGUGCAGAUAAUUCCUUUACAGACAGUACAUGCACAGAUGAAAAGAGAAAAUACAUAAGAAUUAGGUCUAUAAGAAUAUCUCUUAUAGAACAUAUUGUAGUAUGGAAAUGGAACGAAAUGUCUUCAUCCGCUCCGCUGGGUGGCAGCACUGAGAAUGUGUUGGUCUUGGAACAAAAUCAGCAACAGUAAUCACUACUUCCCUUGCGCUGUGGAUACAUGUGGUAUUGUUUAUCUUGGAAUGCAAUUAUUUCUCUGAAAUGAAAUGUACUGCUUCUCAGUAAACCGACUCGUACCGGACAUGACCACUGCAGAUGGCUGCCUCCGUCCCUGCAGGUGAUGACCAGCUCUGUCUUUAAAGGAGAGGACAAGACAUCCCCCACAUGGUUCCAGCCUAGAGCUACAGGACCCUAGAAUGAUGACCAGCUCUGUCUUUAAAGGAGAGGAUAAGACAUCCCCCACAGGGUUCCAGCCUAGCGCUACAGGACCCUAGAAUGAUGACCAGCUCUGUCUUUAAAGGAGAGGACAAGACAUCCCCCACAGGGUUCCAGCCUAGAGCUACAGGACCCUAGAAUGAUGACCAGCUCUGUCUUUAAAGGAGAGGACAAGACAUCCCCCACAGGGUUCCAGCCUAGAGCUACAGGACCCUAGAAUGAUGACCAGCUCUGUCUUUAAAGGAGAGGACAAGACAUCCCCCACAGGGUUCCAGCCUAGAGCUACAAGACCCUGGAAUGAUGACCAGCUCUGUCUUUAAAGGAGAGGACAAGACAUCCCCCACAUGGUUCCAGCCUAGAGCUACAAGACUCUGAGACAUUAGUUUAACAGAACCAGUUUCUCUGCCCAGAUUGAGACGAGGGGUAAUGUUCCCCUGCUCAGACGUUGCAGUCAUCAACCAAUGAUUGCCUGCCACGCCAUCAUCGACUGACAGAUUGCUAUAACAUGAUUUGGUUAGUUGAUACAAUGCCUGGAUAGGUAUUUUAAGUAAGAUCUGUCAGGCAUCAGCACCUUUUGAGCAGAGAAACUCGCCUUACAUCACCUCAAAAUGGAGGUAGAUAAACUAAUUUCUUUACCUAUCGUGAGACUCCACAAACUAACAAAGGAUCAACUGUCUCUCGCUGCUCAGAAGAACAAUAAGAAACCAGGCAGAAAACCAACGAAGAAGAAAAACUUCACCACCACCAGGGGAAAGAAACAAUCCACAGGAAAAGGAAACGACUCUGCUGAGGUGAAACAAGAGAUGGACGAGCUGCCUAUCGGGACAAGAAUUGAACACUGGUUGAACGCUGUGAAGCCAGAGAGCUACGACCCAGAGAUGGGUAACACCAAGGGACCUCCUACAGAGAGCGACCCCAAGACAGAUGCACAUCACCUGGGUAUCAAGACAGAGGAUGCCAUCCUGUACUUCGAAGAUGGAAGGAGACGCCUGCGGUCGGCUACCAGCCAGCCGUUCAAUCUGACUGCAUUCCGGUCCGACCCAGAAUGGCGGCCUCGCAGCCAGAAGGUCCGCCGGUUCCCGUGUCCAGAUUGUGGACGGAAGUUCUUCUCCAAAACCACGCUGGAGUUCCACUCCCGGAUUCACACACAGUACCGUCCGUACUCCUGCGAGGUGUGCCAUAAGACGUUCUCCCGGAAAGCCGGCUUGGACGAGCACCGACCAAUCCACGAUGCGGAACGUCCUUUCGCCUGCCACCAAUGUGGCAGGACCUUCACAUUCAAAUCUAACCUGACACUGCACAUGCGGUUCCACAGUGAUGCGCAGCCCUACAUCUGCCCCUAGUGCGGCCAAGGCUUCAAGAUCUCCGCCCACCUGAAGCGCCACAUGACGGCCCACAGUGGGUGUAAACCGUACGUGUGCCCGGAGUGCAGCCAGAGUUUUGUCCGUUACAUUAGUCUGAAGUAUCACCGACUGAGCCACACCGGCGAGCGCCCGCUGUCCUGCCCAGAGUGUCCCAUGACCUUUGCCCGACCGCACAUCCUUAUGGUCCACCGGCUGAAACACACCGGGGAGACGCCGUUCUCUUGCCGGGACUGUGGGAAGCAGUUCAAACAGGGGUGCAAGCUGAAAGAACACGUUAGAAGAAAACACACCGGGGAGAAACCUUACAAAUGCUCCGAUUGCGACAAGUGCUUUGUCACUUCGGCGUCCCGUAAUGCACACAUGGUUGUCCACACGGGAGAGAAGCCGUACAAAUGCAUGGAGUGUGGUAUUAGCUACAGUCAGAGUGGGUAUCUAACGCAGCACAUGAGGAGACACACAGGGGAGAAACCGUACAAAUGCUCUGAGUGCGACAAGUGCUUUGUCAAUUCUACGUUGCGUAAAGUGCACAUGGUUGUCCACACAGGAGAGAAGCCGUACAAAUGCAUGGAGUGCUGUAAGAGCUACAGUCAGAGUGGGGGCCUGAAGAGGCACAGGUGUAAGAAGAAACCCAGGUGAGAGGAACCUCUGGAGUACAUCCCAAAUGCCACCCUAUUCCCUAUAAAGUACACUAAGGCCCACAGGGCUCUGGUCAAAAGUAGUGCACUAUAUGGAAUAGGAUGCCAUUUGGGACACCGUCCCGGUGUUCUCAGUGUCGGAACUGGAGAGUCGAUCCUUAAAAUGUAGCACAGGUGAAAAGAACCAGGUUAUAGGAUUCUCCGGUGUUCUGAGUAGGGAAGCUGGACUUUGUUUAUACAGGACUUAAAAAGGAUGUACCAAUCUGUGAUUGGUACAUCCAUUUUUGGACUUUUUGGACAUGUAGCCAUUUAUUCUUGAAAAAUAUCACCUAUAACUGCCUCAUGAACUUACUGCAGUUAAACUGUCUUACCCCAGUAGAACUCAAAAUAUAAGAUCACCUGACUAGGGAAAUCUAUAGGCCUAUUCACUCUUCUAUCAAUUAUUGAACCCUCAAUGAAAUCAACCACUUUCACUGUGAUGAAAUCAACCACUUUCACUGUGAUGCAGUUUAACUUACCUGAUGUGUAUUGUACAUGUUCAAGGAAGGUUUCCCAGACACAGAUUAAGCCAAAUCCUGGUCUAAAAAGCAAGAGAUUCUCCAUUGAAAUAGGGUUUUAUCCUAGGACUAGGCCCUCCUUGUAAAAUAAAGAAGUUGUAUUGAAACGGCCCAAAUGGUUAACUGAUGAAUUGAACUGAUCAAUGAACGGACUUGUUUUACUGUAUUGUGUGUAUGUGUCUCCAUAGUGGCAGCGUUGAGGCUGCUUCUGAUUGGUAACACUGGGCAGGGUCAGAGUUCAGCAGGAAACACCAUCAUUGGCAGAGAGGCCUUCUGAGUGGACUUCUCUAUGGUUGCCAUGACCACAGAUUGUGAGAGUUGGACCGGGCCAGCUGCUGCUACCGCUAGAGGGUCAACCGGACGGGCCUCCCGCUGCUCCCGCCACGUCGUCCACACCCCGGGCCUUUCCGCCGCCACAGGAUCCCCACACGUUCCUGCUGGUGAUCAGGUUGGGUGUGAGGUUCACAGAGGAGGAGAGGAACGCCGUCGUGAGGUGGAUCCAGGAGAACUUUGGAGAAGAGUCUUUAAUGUACACCAUGGUGCUGUUCACUGGGGGAGACCAGCUAGAGGGGAAACCAGUGGAGGACCUACUGAAGGACAACAGUCAACUGCUGCAACUAAUCAGUACCUGCAGGGACAGAUAUCAUGUCUUCAACAACAAGGAGAAAGGUGACCACACUCAGGUCACUGAGCUGCUGGAGAAGAUAGAGGAGAUGGUGAAGAGCAAUGGUGGAAACCACUUCAAUGUCAACACACACCCAGUAAGGGAGAAAGAAGGGUCUGGUGUGGUGGUCACCAUGGUGACGUUAGUGGCAGUUGGCGCUGUGUUCAAAUUGAUGGUUGGUGACUUAUGGAGCAAAAUACAAGAUGGUGGGAACUUGGAAAGAAACGAAAGUGAAAAUGAAAAGUUGACUCCUGAAAAAUGUGAAAAUCAAUGUAUUAUGACUACAUUGAAUUACAGAGCUUUGAUCUAAGUUUUGGUUAGACUCAUUGUUGACUUUUAUUUACUCCCAUUUUAUGUGAGUGUGAAUGAUGGUCAUAUGUCAUUAAGGAGAGACAUAAUUGUCAAAACAGACUGUAUCUGUAUCAUACAUUGUUGUCCAACACAUUUGUAUGCUGAAGUCAAAUUCUGUAACAAGUCAUGAAAUAAAUAGAGAUUUUUUUAA